GAAAAUUCACCCGCCUUGGCUUUUUUCUUCUUGCUUUUCCCACUGUCACCAUGCCAGAAAAGAUUACCACUGCUGAACAGCGUGCUCAGUUCCUUGACAAAUUCGACAACUUCCUCUUUGAUUGCGAUGGCGUCCUUUGGGUAGGCAAAGAGGUUGUACCGGGAAUCAACAGUGCCAUGGCCGAAAUUCGCAAACGAGGCAAAAGAGCCUUCUUUGUCACCAACAACAGCACGAAAUCUCGAGACUCUUUUGUGGAAAAGUUUGCAGGAUUCGGCAUUGACGCUAAAGUGGAGGAGUUCUUUACCUCGGCAUUCGCUACGGCCACCUAUUUGAAGAAUGUGGUGAAAUUUCCUGCAGACAAGAAAGUUUACAUUGUCGGCAUGUCAGGUAUCAAGGAAGAACUGGCGGCCGUAGGAAUUCGAAGCUUUGGUGCUGGUGAAGACAGCGGAUUAUUAGAUGACGAGCCUGUUCCAGAUGAUCCAGAGGUCGGCGCAGUGGUUUUCGGUCUGGAUACGCAGAUCAACUUCAAGAAAUAUCAGAAGGCGUUUGCUUACCUUUACCGUAAUCCUGAUUGCCAUUUCAUUCUGACCAACAGUGACACCACCUUCCCCAACCACGGCACCAUCAUGCCAGGUUGCGGUUCCAUGGUCAUGCCCUUGAUUACUGCCCUGAAUAGACAACCUGAUGUCAUUUUGGGUAAACCGGCUCAGAAUAUGAUGCAAGCUAUUUUUGCUCAGUAUGAUUUGGAUCCCAAGAGAACUUGCAUGAUUGGUGAUCGUUUGGACACGGAUAUUGAUUUUGGUCGCCAGGGAGGUCUUGAAACAUUGCGUCACAAGCGAAGAAGAGCUGUUAUCGCCCGAAAACAAGAUUCAGCCCACCUAUUACGUUAACAGUUUUGGCGAUUUCGCACAAUAGAAAGCAUUUUUAUUUCGUUUUUUUCCAUUCACUUGUAUAGAGAAGAUAAUAGACUUUCUUCCAUUUCCAUUGAGCUUUUACAGCCUCCAACCAACUUAAUCGAUGGAUAUAUUUAAGGAUGCCAGAUCGAAAAAAAGAAAAAAAAAACCCCCCAGGCAAUG